GCUUUUUUUAAUAUGGCGGAAGCACUGACCGCCGUUCGGACGUCUGCAUUUUUUAUUAUCGUGAAAUAAGAAGUGUCUCCCUAAUAUUUCAUAAGUGUGUGAAACCGAAGUGUAUUAUUAAAACUGUGUAUUCGUUGCGUUUAUAAAUAAUAUAUCAAAGUGCUUCAAAUCGUUACAUUCAUCUAAAAAAAUGUCUAAACGUUCGGCGUAUGAUGACGAGGAUAAUCCACCGACACCCUCCGACGACUCGGACUUCGAUGAUGACGAGGAUCCAGACAACCUGGAGGUGCCAGGUGGGGGAAAAACCCUGGCGGCAGCGGCCAGCAUGGCUGCGAAGAAGGUCACAGUCACUCCACAGGUCACUGUCAAACCGACCACAAAUCCACUUGCAGCGCCAUCUGGGCAGGCGUUCGGCCAAGCCAGCAACGUGAAGCCGAUCAAGAUAUCAGCCAGUUCUCUCACCAAACCUAUCAAUAUAGCGGGGCUCGGCAGAGGAGCAAUGGAGAUGGUGGGCAUGACGGGCAUGAACUCGUAUCUACUGCAGAACCUCAACCAAAUACUAGCUUCUGGCAUGGGCGGCCCGCUGGCUGGCAUGCUGAACCAGUUCGUACCGGUUGCGCCCGGUUGGGCACAGGGCAAGCCGGGGAAUAUGUGGCAACAGGAGAAGAUUGGAGGAGACGAGGAGGAAGUUGACGAUGAAGAGAUGGGUGUGGCUGAGACAUAUGCAGAUUACAUGCCUUCAAAAUUGAAACUCGGCCGCAAGCACCCCGACCCUGUAGUAGAAACCGCCUCCCUCUCGUCAGUAGAACCAGUAGACGUAACAUACAAAGUGAGCUUGCCGGACGAGACGGUCCGCACCGGCUUGCUGUCCGCGCUGCAGCUGGAAGCCGUCGUGUACGCGUCGCAGGCGCAUGAACAUCUGCUGCCCGAUGGCACCAGGGCGGGCUUCCUUAUUGGUGACGGUGCCGGAGUAGGCAAAGGCCGUACAAUAGCUGGCAUAAUCUUCGAGAACUACAUAAAGGGUCGCAAACGAGCCAUCUGGGUGUCCGUCUCCAACGACUUGAAGUACGACGCCGAGAGGGACCUUAGGGAUAUAGGAGCGGGCAAGAUUGAGGUGCAUCCGCUUAAUAAGUUCAAAUACGCAAAGAUCUCAUCAGCCGUAAACGGCAACGUGAAGAAGGGCGUGAUCUUCAGCACCUACUCCGCGCUCAUCGGCGAGACGCAGUCCACCGCCACCAAGUACAGGACCAGGCUCAAGCAGCUGCUGCAGUGGUGCGGGGAUGACUUCGAUGGCGUUAUCGUUUUCGACGAGUGUCACAAAGCCAAAAACUUGUGUCCUGUCGGGUCAGGCAAAGCAACGAAAACGGGUCUGACAGCGUUAGAACUUCAGAACAAAUUGCCUAAAGCCCGGGUAGUGUAUGCAUCCGCCACGGGUGCUAGUGAGCCGAGGAAUAUGGCCUAUAUGGUCCGACUCGGCAUUUGGGGCGACGGGACACCAUUCCCGACUUUCAUGGACUUUAUUAAUGCUGUUGAGAAGAGAGGAGUAGGUGCUAUGGAGAUAGUGGCGAUGGACAUGAAGCUGCGAGGCAUGUACAUCGCGCGGCAGCUGUCCUUCCACGGCGUCUCCUUCAAGAUCGAGGAGGUGCCGCUGUCCGACGCCUUCAAGGAGACAUACGACAAGUCUGUGGCACUGUGGGUAGAAGCGAUGCAGCGGUUCACGGAGGCCGCUGAGCUGAUCAACGCGGAGUCGCGCAUGAAGAAGACCAUGUGGGGACAGUUCUGGUCUGCUCAUCAGAGGUUCUUCAAGUACCUGUGUAUCGCUGCUAAGGUGAACCACGCAGUAGUGACGGCCCGCGAGGCGGUGAAGUGCGGCAAGUGCGUGGUGAUCGGCCUGCAGUCCACGGGCGAGGCGCGGACGCUCGACCAGCUCGAGCGCGACGACGGCGAGCUGUCCGACUUCGUCUCCACCGCCAAGGGUGUAUUCCAAACGCUAGUAGAGAAGCACUUCCCGGCGCCGGACCGCGACCGGAUCAACCGGCUGCUAGGACUGGAGCCGGCGCGAGCCAAGCCGGCUACCACUCACCCGCCGGCACACGUGCAUCACAACGGCAAGAACGGCAUUGACGAUGAGGCUAAUACUUCUAAGAGGAAAUUGACAGCACGCCAGCAAGCGAACGCGGCGGCAAAGCGCAUGCGCGGAGGCUCUUCAUCUGACGAGUUCGUGCGAGGCUCUGACGAUGAACUGGAAAUGGAGUCUGAUGAGGAACGACGGCCGCCGGGGUCUGAUUCUGACCUGUCAGACUUCAACCCCUUCCAUGGUGGCAGUGAUAGUGAUGAUGAACCCUGGCUAGGCCGUAAAAAGAAGCCAGUCAAGAAGAAGAAAGCGGCGUCACCCAAAAAGAAACCUUCGACCACUCAAGACAAGAUCGAGACGAUGUUUGAACGCAAGAACAGUGCUGCCACAGCACCCACUGUCACUGUUACUACCCCUGCUGGCAGUCUCACUGGGACCCCUGUGGGGACUAACGGACUGUAUCUAGGUCCGGCCCGCAACCAGCCUCCACCCCGCUCCGCCAUCGAGCGCGCCUGCAGCAUGAAGGAGGAACUGCUGGCUGCCGUGGAGAGGCUGGGUCGUCGCCUGCCGCCCAACACGCUGGAUCAGCUGGUCGACGAGCUUGGAGGCACUGAUAAUGUUGCUGAGAUGACAGGUCGCAAAGGCCGCGUAGUCCAAACCGAAGAAGGUCAGAUCCUGUACGAGAGCCGGUCGGAGGCCGACGUGCCGCUGGAGACGCUCAACCUGACGGAGAAGCAGCGCUUCAUGGACGGACAGAAGGAUGUAGCCAUCAUAUCUGAGGCAGCAUCCAGUGGUAUAUCUCUGCAGAGUGAUAGAAGAGCGCGGAACCAAAGGCGGAGGGUACACAUAACGCUAGAGCUGCCGUGGUCGGCUGACAGGGCUAUACAACAGUUCGGUCGUACCCACCGCUCGAACCAGGUGAACGCUCCGGAGUACAUAUUCCUGAUCUCGGACCUGGCGGGCGAGCGGCGCUUCGCGUCCACCGUCGCCAAGCGACUCGAGUCACUCGGAGCCCUGACGCAUGGAGACAGGCGGGCCACGGAGACUAGGGACCUGUCGCAGUUUAAUAUUGAUAAUAAAUAUGGUCGCGCGGCGCUAGAAGCGGUGAUGCGCGCGAUAAUGAAGUACGAGUCCCCGCUGGUGGCGCCGCCGCGCGACUACGCGGGCGACUUCUUCCAGGACGUGGCCAGCGCGCUCGUGGGCGUCGGGCUCAUCGUCAACAGCGAGGCCGCGCCCGGCGUGCUGUCGCUUGAUAAGGACUACAACAAUAUGUCGAAGUUCCUGAACAGGAUACUGGGCAUGCCGGUAGACUUACAAAACAGGCUGUUUAAAUACUUCACGGACACGCUUGCCGCUGUUAUGGAACAAGCGAAGCGCAGCGGUCGCUUCGACCUGGGCAUCCUGGACCUGGGCAGCUGCGGCGAGCGCGUGAGGCGCGUGCGCUGCGUGCGCUUCGUGCGGCGCCACGCCACCGGCCGCGCGCCCGUCGAGCUGCACACGGUGCACUCGGAGCGCGGCAUGGACUGGGCUGAAGCCCUAGAGAAGUGGUCAGAGCUGACGGGUGCCAAGGAGGGCUUCUACGUGUCGCAGCAGGCGCGCAACAACAAGCACACCGCAGUGCUAUGCGUCGCCGCCGUCAACUCGCACAAGAAGGAGAAACUCACUAAGAAGGACAUCAUGUUCCAGAUAUACAGGCCUAACACUGGUCUACAGCUGCGACUAGAGUCCCUAGCCGAGCUUGAGAAGAAGUACCGUCGCGUGGAGAGCAGCGAGGCGGAGGCGUGGUGGCGGCAGCAGUACACCGCCUCGCAGCGAGUCUGCAGUCACGCCUACUGGCGGGCUGUCUGCAGGAAUGCUGCUGACUGCGAGGUGGGGCUGCGCGUGCGCACGCACCACGUGCUGGCGGGCUCGGUGCUGGCGGUGUGGGCGCGCGUGGAGGCCGUGCUGGCGCAGCGCUCCGUGCUCAACAAGAUGCAGGUCGUGCGCAUCAAGACCGACGACGGACUCAAGAUUGUCGGUACCCUGAUCCCAAAGAACUGCGUGGAGCCGCUGAAGGAGGCGCUCUCGUCCGACGCAGUGUCGGUCAGCGAGCAGAAGUUCGAGCCGACCGACGUCAAGUGAACGCAACACAAUAGUUCCUCUCUCUCUUUGUUUUACUCUCCGCCCGCAGGAGCUACGACUGAUUAAAUAACACCCUUUGAGUGUUUGACGACUUCACCCCAGGACUGUGUGCGAAUAUUUAUUCUUAUCGAUGUAAGAACGACGUUACGCUUAUGUCUAAUUAUAUUUUUUUAUUUCUAUUGUAUGAGCUGACGCUUGUGAUGUUUUGUUUUAGUAUUUACCAUUCACCGGUUCUGUUACGACGAUUUUUUUGAAUCAAAUUAAAAUUGUGCACGUCACAAAAUGUACGAUAGUUAGGAGUUCUAAGGCCUAUUUUUUUAACACAAUAAUUCCUCAAAUCACGGUACGGUUGCCUCAAACAUAAUGUUAUGUUAAAGUAUUACAUAUCGUUAGUCAAUUGGUAUUGGAAGUGAGAUAAUAACGCACAGUCCGCCCAUGAUAUUACUAGGCUAGUUCGCAAACACUGAAAGGGGCCGCGUUGGUUUCGAGACGACGCGAAGUAAGGUGGCGUGUUGAGGACGUCACUACGCCACUCUCUAUUAUAAUUAGAUAAAUCUGCCGAAUUAACUAACUUUAGCUUCUUUCGAAUUCGGUUCUACUUGGUACCUAAGCCUGUUGGAUUGUUGGUUGCAAACAUUGGCGCUGUAAUUUAUGUAGUAUGUAUUUAAUUUAAUGUUCUUGCCUUUUAGAUAGAUUCGUGUUUGUCUUGUUGCAAACAUUUGUAAAUCCAAAGUAUGGCUACUGCGUGAUUUUUUUUGUCGAAUAAUAUAAAAUCUGUGAGUUGUUACGCGCGGUGGGCGUAUGUAGUGACGUCACAACACAAGUUUAGUGAGAAUGAUCUAAGUGCACGAGUGCAUAAGAUUUAAGUACUUUACGUAUAUUUACUUAUUCCUACUACGACCGUGAACCUCAAGCCGCUUGAGCGCUUCAUAUUUUUUUACAAUCUAUCAACUAAUACGUGACCAAGUCAAUAUCGCGGUACAUUCUUGUAUACGAAUUAAAUGGAAUUUUAAUUUUUUGUACAAAUA